GCCUCUUUAAAAUGAUCGGAUGAGGCGGCUUGAGGCACCAGACGAGUGUAACCACAUCGACGUCCCAUAUACUUCUAUCGAAAGGCAAUUGGAAGUUUCGGCGCUUCCGUUCCUGCACACCGAAUAGUAUUGAUGACCGGAAGUCAUGGGACAUCUGACAGAAUUCCACAUUCAUUGACGGGACUGUUUACUAUCGAAGGACGGUUACUACAUACUGGCUUCGAUGAUUGGGAUUCGAGAAUCCCUUGCGGAUACAUUCGACGUUUCUCAUACAAAGCAUGCCGGUCUACCAAGGCUUGGACGACUAGAUCAUACGAGAUGCGUUACCUGCAGAUGCAAGCCGCGGUUGCACAUCGUAUGGCAUACGCAUUUUCAACAACGACAGUAUUGUCACGAGGGCCGUCCAGGAUGUGCAAUCAAAUUGCAGUGACAGUUCCUAAAUCUACGGUAAUUUAAUCGGUGCAUAUACUCCUUCCUGGUUCCAUGCCGUCGUUGAACUAGGCAGGAUGAGAUGUAGAUGGCUGCCCCGUUGUCCAAAGUUCAAAAGAAUGACACCAAAGUUUCGCGAUU